GAAAACAAAUAUUAAAAAUGGAGAAAGGGAAGACAGCAGAGAAAGCAGUGGCUCAAUUUUGUCACUUGACAUUGCCGACGGCUACAAAGAUACAAUCAUACAACCUUAACUUUCUCUCAAUACCCAUCAUUUGUUUCUCACUCUAGAUUUCAGUUGUUGUUGUCUUGUGUUGAGAGAGAGAGAAAGAGAGAGAGAGAUGGCUAUGAACCAAUCAAGGGUUGUAUUGCUGAGGGUGGGUUUAGUGGUGGUGGCUCUGUGCAUAGCAGGGUACAUAGUGGGUCCCCCUCUCUACUGGCAUUUCAUGGAAGGUUUGGCUGCAGUUAAUCACUCUUCUGCUUCUUCUUCAUGUGCCCCUUGUGUCUGUGAUUGCUCUUCACAACCCAUCCUUUCCAUUCCCCAAGGGCUGAGCAAUACUACCUUUGGAGAUUGUGCAAAGCCUGAUCCAGAAGUGAGUGGAGACACUGAAAAGAAUUUUGCAGAGCUGUUGUCGGAAGAGCUCAAGCUCCGGGAAAAUGAAGCCGUGGAAAGCCAGCAACGGGCUGACAUGGCUCUGCUGGAGGCAAAGAAGAUUGCAUCCCAGUAUCAGAAGGAAGCAGAUAAGUGUAAUUCAGGGAUGGAAACAUGCGAGGAGGCUAGGGAGAAGGCUGAGCUGGCAUUAGUCGCGCAGAAAAAGCUUACUGCAUUGUGGGAACUUAGAGCUCGUCAGAAAGGAUGGAAAGAAGGGGUAGCCAAAUCUCAUGCUCAGUCUCAAGGGAAAGUACAGACUGCUUAGAUAGAAACAUACCUUGGCCUCCAUGGAGUGAUUGUUACAUAAUAGUUUUCAAACAAGUUAUUUAAAUGCUGGCAAUAGCAAAUCAUUGUGGCUCCCAUAUGUGUUCUUCUGAAAGGUCUAGUGUAAAAUACAAAUGUUGUUGUAUUCUAACAUCCAUUUUUGGGCUGUGUUGAUUCCACAUGUACCACUGUUUAAAGCUAGAAAUUAUUAAAUGCUCUGAUUUGAACCUUGCUUCAGAGUUCAGAUUGUUGUUGCUUCUUUGUUGUAUUUGAUAAAAUUAAAUAU